GUGAACCAACAGAAAUCUUCCAUAUCCUCUGGGCUUUGGAUAUUCGUCUGACUUUGAAGCUACGUAUCAAGAGUUUGGCCAUUUUUGCGUGUGGACACUUUUCAGAAGUGAAUCAAUUGUGAAAUGGCGGAAGCACAAAGCAUAUCAACGCUGGACCAGCCAAUGACGUAUCCACCACAGUACACACAACCACCUCAGUACGGCCAGCCACCCGGUCCCCAGGCCAGGGUAUGUGGGCACCUGCACCUGUGAUGACUCAGCCUAUGCCCAAUCUCCAGCAGGCAUCGACGAACAACACGAUAGUCAUCAACAACCAAACUGCUGCCCCGACCGUCCAGCUGCCUCGACCCUGGAGCACAGGCAUCUGCGCCAUGUGUGACGACAUGUCCGUCUGCUGUUGUGUCUACUGGUGUCCGACAUGUGCGGGUUCUCAGCUGGCCUCGGACAUGGGAGAGGGCUGCUGUCUGCCUUUUUGUGUAACCAAUUGGCUUGUCGCUCUUAGGACGAAGAUGCGAACACAAUAUAACAUCCAGGGGACCAUAAUGGACGACUCCACUACAAUUUGCUUCUGCCACCUGUGCGUCUUGUGUCAGAUGAUGCGAGAGCUGAAGCUCAUGAACGCUGCCACAGUCGUCGGACGAUGAACUCGGAUAAUGUUGGAGGCGAUAAUGAACCUUGUCACUCGCUUCCGCAAAUCCAGCGACUUGAUGUCCACCAAGAUAAGCGGACAUGUUUACACAAUCAGCCUUUGUUCUCCAUCGUUUCAUCACCUGCAGUAGUGCACGAGAUUGUUGUUAUCUUUUAUUUCACCUACCCUCCAAACUAUGCUUUUAUGCUUGAUUACACGCAGGAUGAAAGUCAAAGAAAGCUGUAAAGGAAGCAAAUUAUUUUCGUAAUAAUACGACUUUAAAAAUGAACAGAUUUAAAGGACACCACUUCCUUUCUUGAGACUCGAACAUCAAAAAUAGAAAGAGGUCAAACUCGUGAUUCUCCGAUUAUACACAGAUACGCAUGUUUAAUAUAUUUCACCAGUCUUCCAAUUGAUUGAUUCGUUUUACAAUGUAAGCGCAAUCCAUGUACAAUCAUGAUAUUGUGUUUUUGACAGAUUUGCAGACAUUUCAGUUCCUGCUGUUAUUGCAUUUGAUGUAACCAAGAUAAAUGACAAAAUUUAGUUUGCAGAGUUCUUUCUUAGAGAUUGACCUUCAAACUUGAAGAAAAGAUGUGUAUCCUAAAUGUAUGCUUGUAGGUAUGUAUACAACAUGCUUGUAAGGUUUGCAAGUGUGUAUUCUUGUAUUCAUGUGUCAAUUUUAUGUCUGUGUUUCGAGAUUUGAAUAAAUGAUUUGAUUGGUGGUUUGGCUUUCUUUAUUUUUACAUAAGUAGAUGUGUUGUUUACCAAUCAAUAAAAUUAAGUCAAAAAUAGGCAUCUGUGUUAAAAUUGUCAGCUCAUAAAAAAAUAAAUAAAUAAAUAAAGAUACAAGAUGUUCACAAAAUUUCGCUUGCACAGCUAUCAUACAUAUUUCUUUUACAUACUGCUUUAAAUCUUCCCAAGAUCUUUAAACCGUAAUAAAUUAACCAAGACAUGCUGAAUGUUAUUUUUAUCACCUCUACAAUA